CGGUUUUUUUUUUUUCCACGCCUUCAUGUUUUGGCGGGCGGAAGAAACCAAAAGCGCGAUUCAAUUCAACUGUCGCACAUAUGCGUCGAUUCAUUGAGACUCGAACCUGUGUCAUACUAUCACUCAUCCGAGUGGGGACGAAUAGCUGACCGGCGACGCAUGAUGCCAGAAGAAAAGAAAGCGAGCGCUCCCACUGACCGGGGUAACAUGGUCGCCGCCAUCAUCUUCAUGCUGGGCCUGGGGACGCUGCUCCCCUGGAACUUCUUCAUCACGGCCUCGCAGUAUUUCAACCAGCGCCUCAGCACGUCGGGUGAGGCGGGCAACCAUCAGCUUAACACGUCGGGCGAGCCGGUCAAAGAGUACAACUACGACAGCUGGAUGGCGUUGCUUUCCCAGCUGCCCUUGCUGCUCUUCACGCUGCUCAACUCCUUCUUCUACCAAUGGGUUCGGGAAGGGGUGCGCGUGGCCACGAGCCUGGUUGCCAUCUUGCUGCUCUUCUCUCUGACGGCCGCCUUGGUGGAAGUUGACAUGACGCCUGACACCUUCUUCUCUGUCACCAUGGCGACCAUUUGGUUCAUUAACAUGUUCGGCGCGGUGUUGCAGGGCAGCCUGUUCGGGGCAGUGGGCCUGCUGCCGGCUCGCUACAGCACGUUGUUCAUGACCGGCCAGGGCCUGGCAGGGAUCUUCGCCGCUGUCGCCAUGCUCUGCUCAGUCUUGGGUAACACUGACUCCUACAAAUCAGCAGCGUUGGGCUACUUCAUCACGCCGUGCGUAGCCACACUGGGAACGCUGGCCUGCUACAUGAUAUUGCCUCGCCUGGAAUUUGCUCGCUUCUACCUGAGGCGGCGUUCGCGCGACAAUGACGAGGAGGCGAAGAUGAAAGAACUCCUUCCCUGUGCCGACGCACACGUCGAGAGCAUUAAAGGCGUAAAACAUUUGGACGCCGACGGGAAGUUGAUGGGCGAGCCUGGGGAGAGGUCGUCCGUUUUGUUCGUCUUCAAGAAGAUCUGGCUCAUGGCUUUGUGCAUCACGUGCGUGUUUGCCGUCACGCUGUCGGUGUUUCCUGUGGUGACGGUGCGCGUGGAGACGGUCUACAAGGAGCACGCCAAAUGGGACCAAGUGUUCACAUGCGUUUGCUGCUUUGUGGUUUUUAACGUCAUGGACCUGUUGGGUCGUGGCGCCCCCUCCCUAGCACAGUCGCCAUCCCAGGGCAGCUAUUUGUUCCCGUGCGCCGUGGCGUCACGUGUGCUCUUUAUUCCGCUGCUGAUGAUGUGCAACAUUCCUGCAUCCAAGCUGAGCGUCUCCUUGUUUCGCCACGACGUCAUCUUCGUCGCCAUCAUGGCGCUCUUCGCCUUCUCCAACGGGUACCUGGCCAGCCUUUGCAUGGCCUACGCACCGCGGCUCGUGGGCCACCGAGACUGCGAGACGGCCGGCUCGCUCAUGACCUUCUUCCUGGUUCUAGGUUUGGCUCUGGGUGCCGCGUUCUCUUUCAUUCUGGGAAAGCUGAUGUAGUCUUGAACGAAACGCACGCAGGCCAACCAAGCACAACUGCGCAAAUAGUUAAACUUUUAAAUGCACACCUGUGCUGAGCUCUUAUUGGCUCAAAAUGCAUCUGCUGAUUUUUUUAUUUUUAUUUUUUUUGCCAUUAUGUGCCCAUUAAAAGGGUACACUUACUGUAACUUGUAUAUUGAAACUAUCUAAUUCGGAAUGUUUUCAUUAUUGUAUAUGUGAUCUAUUUUUUUAACGACAAUUUUAUAUUUAUGACUUUUGUAUUUGAGCAACUUUUGUGA